CCAUAACUUCUUCUUCUCUCAUGACAGCCGAACUUCAGUUGCUCAGAUUACUUAUUUUGGCAUCGAUGAGUUCCCUUGAGUUCAUGUCCUAAUCUCAGUUGCUCUGAUCAUUGAUUUUGGCAUCGAAGAGUCUCCCAGAGUCCAUGUCCUAACUUCAGUUGCUCAGAUCAAUCCCUCAGUGUCCACGUCCCGUGAUUUCUUCUUAUUCUCUUGUUCUCCUGUACGAAGGUCUAUGGGAUCGAGAGUAUCUGUGAUCUGACUACAACCCCAUUAACCAAACCUAAGCAUUAAGUGACAGAAACUCCAAUUACAUCUCCACGAUAAAGACUGAAACUCCAUUACAUCUCGAUAAUCUUCUUUGAAACACCUACUGGAACUUCAUGGAGGAAGUUAUUAAUUUGCAUCUUAAACAUGCACAGGAGACCUGCGAGUUGUACGAUGUGUUUCUUAGUUUCAGGGGUGAAGAUACUCGCAAUAACAUCGCUGGUUUAGUUUACAGAGAUCUGAAAAGAGAAGGAAUCAAGGUAUAUAUGGAUAGCCCAAGCCUGGAGGGUGGAGAAGAGAUCAAACCGGCGCUCGAUGAAGCCAUCCGACGAUCCAAAAUCUCGAUCCCUAUCUUCUCUGAAGGCUAUGCGGAGAGCAAAUGGUGUCUCAGGGAACUCGAAGAGAUUGUUAAAUGCCAUAGAUCCAACGGUCAAAAAAUUCUUCCCAUUUUCUACGGUGUUGAACCAACGGAUGUUAGCCAUCAGACCAGCAGAAGAUAUGCUAGAGCGUUUCAUAGAUACAGCGAGAAAAAUGAGGUCCAGACCAUUCAAAAUUGGAAGCAAUCAUUGAAUUUCGUGGGAGGAAUUGCGGGAUAUGACCUUAAGCAAGUAAAUGGGAAUGAAUCAGAAUUAGUUCAAUUAAUUGUUGAUUGGGUUUUGAAGGAGUUGAGAACGAAUCGCUUGGGUGAUGCUAAAAAUCCUAUUCUUUUGGGUGAUGAUAUAAAUCCUAUUGGCUUGGGUGAUGCUAAAAAUCCUAUAAUCUUGUGAGGGCAAGAUUGUAGACCCGAGGCAGGUCCAUCUAACCUUUUUUUUUUUUGUUGAAGUAACAAAUUAAUAUUGCAGAGGAGAGGCAAUCAGGUUUUUGUAAGAGAUUAGAAUUUUGCAAAAACAAUGUAGGUGCAAUCCAUAUCGACACUACGUUUCUUUCAGUUUGAAAGCAAGCAACUUGAAAAUUGCAUUACGAGCUCAGGCAGUUGCUACAAUGAAAGACACAUCAGUUGGAGUUUUUGAGAUAAAACAAUAAUUGUUCAGGACAAGGGUGUAAAUACACAAAUGGGGAGAAAACAAUUGUAAAUUUAGGAAUAACAAGAUGAAGUGUAAAUCUGCUCUACCAA